UCUUAUUUUUUGCUUUAUGAGAGAAAUGUGGUAGGAUUAAUUUUAGUUGGAAAAAAAAUAAUGAGUGGCUGAGUGGGAAAACUGGUAGGAUUAAUGGGGUUGUUUGUGAGAGUAAAUAUGUAAUCCCAUAUAUCUAAAAAUAGAAGGGGCAAAAAAAAAAGACAAACUAACAUAGAAAUUGGGGCAAAACACAAAGGAUAGAAGGAUUAUAAACCAAAAAAAUAGUGUGAUAAAAUUACCUUUAGAUUGUUCCUAACUCUAUAUUAAUACAUCGGACAACAUAUAAGAAUUACUAAAAAAACAAAAAAUGGGACCCAUUUUUUAAGUCAACACCAUACCUUGAUUACCAUUCUUGUUAUCCACCACAUUUUCAUUAUUAUUGCAAUCUUAUAAACUCUUCCACCUAAACCACUACCCUUAAUCUCUUUCAAACAACAUUUCCUUUCCCUCUCCUCCACUCGAACAAGGAGUGGGCAUGCCUUGUACUUCCCAUACCCAUCCUCAUGUCAAUCAUCUCUGCUUCAUCCUCGUCGCCUCCGUCGUCGUCUUCACCUCACCAAUUAAAGCCCAACAACCACCACCAUGGCCUGACUCUAACCAAAACUACAACUCCCCUAUGGCCACUGCCCUCAUUGUCAUGAUCAUCGUUUUCUUCUCGGUCGGGUUCAUAUCCGUCUACCUCCGCCACUUCCUCGCUUGCUUCGGCUUUCGUGCCUACGGAGGUGGUCGCCGUGGUGUUGGAAAUCAUAUAGGAGGGCAAACACGACAUCCUCCCUGUGGACUCGACCCUACUAUAAUAAACUCUUUCCCUACAUUUUUGUACUCCGACGUUAAAGUCCACCGCGUAGGCAAAACUACGUCGUUAGAGUGCGCAAUUUGUAUAACAGAAUUCACUGACAAUGAAAUAUUACAAUUGUUGCCUAAAUGUAACCAUGUGUUUCAUCCUCAUUGCGUUGGUCCAUGGUUCGCCUCCCACGUCACGUGCCCGGUUUGUAGAGCGAACCUGGAGAUUCCGGUCCAUGAUCAAAGAACCAUCAAUUUCCACCAACGGUUCGAGCAACCGUCUUCAGGGGACGAAUCAGAGCCGUCCAACCAUGGUUUAAACCAAAACGACAGUCAUCCCAGGGAUGUGAUCGUACGAGUUGAACCGCCACCAGAGAUAACGGCUAAGAGUCCUAUACAGGAUAUUAUGAAGGGAUUAAGUGAGAGCGGUCGUAUGAUAAGAUUACCUAGGUCACAUUCAACGGGUCAUUCAUUAGUCGAAGAUAGUGAGAGAUUUACGCUAAGGUUGCCGGAUGAGGUACGUAACAAGUUAGUAAAUGAUGGUAAUCAAUUAUGUGGUCUACCAGCUGCUAUAGUUAGUCCAAGAAUUGGGUACCGUGUUAGUAGUGUUGGUUGUGGUACAAUGCAAGGGAAACCCGACCGGUGGCGGUUUUCAAUGAGCCCGCCUUUUAUUUCCCGGCCGGGUACCCGAAAUCGGAAGUUGCCAUGGAUUGCAGCUACACAACCCUAGUAAAAAUAAUACUAGUGGCAAUAACAAUGUGUCAGGGGGAAUAUUAAGAAGUCCAAUAAAUUUAUUGAAGUCAAUGAGAUCGCCGAAUAAAUCGCCGUUACACCAUGUUGGUAGAUGUAAUGACAUUGGUGAGCGAUCGUCGGAUCGGUUAAGGGCUAAUCCAACGCUUCAACAGCUCGAAUCGGAGGUUCAUCAUCAAAAGAGUUGAUCAUGAAUCAUGUUGAAUUUAACCCCCAAAAAAGUCUUGUUAGUUUUUACUAGCUUAGCAAGGAGUUGAGCUGGGUUCAACCAAAAUUUGAGGUUGGUAAUCUCUUCAUAAUUUGGUAUUAGGCUUUGGGCUUAAGACAAAAAGCCCAAAAGUUCGAAAUUUAAUAUGGGUCAAUAUGUUCCUAAUCCCGGUCGGAUUAUUGAUAAUCCGGCCAGGGUGAAAGUUGAUCAACUAGUGAUUUUGCCAACGAAGAGUUGCUCAUUAUUGGUUCGAAUCCGUGUGGUUGGUGGGGAACAAAGGAUAUAUAGGGAAUAUAUGUGUUUAUAGUUGAAUUGGAGUUUAAUACACAGUAUUUGUGGAGGAACUUUAACCAAAGGAAGACCUUUUUUAGUUGGGUGUCUAGGGGAGGAAAUUGUAAUUUCAUAUAUGGUUUAAUUUUGAGAUGUCAUUGUAUAUAAUUCAAUUAUUACAGAAGAUUUUUUUUUGUUAUUUUAAUUUUGUCUUCUUGUUCAAUUACAUACAUAUGAAGUAUACUGUCAUGUAGUUUGAUGAAGUCUUUAAAAGCAUGUCAACGAUUUAUGAUAGAGCUAUUGGAUCCUAAGCUUGGAAUUAGGGAUUUGUUUA